AUGGCAGAAAAGGGGUCGCCUUUUGUUGUGGGGCUGCUGGUGAUGGGCAACGUAAUUAUCAUGCUCUCCGGGCUGGCACUCUACGCCGAAUCUGUCUGGGUAACGGCCGACCCAUAUAAAGUGUACCCGAUCAUGGGGGUGUCAGGCAAAGACGACGUCUACGCAGGCGCCUGGAUCUCCAUUUUCACCGGCUUUUCCUUCUUCUGUGUCUGCGUUUUUGGCAUCAUCAGCCUCGUGCGUGGCAACCGCCUAAUGGUGCUUUUGUACCUGGUGCUCAUCUUGGUCGUCUACAUGUUCGAGUGUGCCUCCUGCAUCACCUCCUACACACAUCGUGAUUAUGUGGUUUCAAAUUCCAGGUUAAUAACCAAGCAGAUGCUGACCUUCUACUCCGCGGACACAUACCAGGGCAAGGAGCUCACUCGGAUGUGGGAUCGCUUCAUGAUGGAGCAACACUGCUGCGGCACCAACAAUCCUUUGGACUGGGUGAACUACACCUCGGUCUUUCGAAGCAGGUAUCCUGAAGCGGUGGCUCCCUGGCCCUACUACUGCUGCAAGCGCGACCGUAACUUCAUCAUCAUCAAUGAGGAGGGCUGCCGGCUGGGGCACGUGGACUACAUCUACACGAACGGGUGCUUUGAGCACAUCAAGCACGCGGUUCAGAGCUACGCCUGGGGUGUCUCCUGGUUCGGCUUCGCUAUCCUUAUGCUCACGUGCCCCGUGGUUCUUCUGGCAAUCUACCACUACACCACCAUGUGA